GAAAGAGAUGCCAUAAAUAGCUGGAAACGCUGGAAAUAGAGGAAGAGAUGGCGGUCUCCUCUGCCGCAGUGGUCCUAUUGACCGGCUGCCAAUGCCAAUGCAAUGCUCAUUGACGCCUGUUUGCGGUAACAAAGCAACUACUCCAUGUCUAUUCACUUCCCAGGCCGAUAGCUUCCAGCAUCAAGGACCGGGCGAGGGGAAAGGAUGGAACCGAACUCGGCCAGAAGCUGCAGACCCAGGGCGAUUGAUCCGCAACCUCUCAACUUUAGGUCCAUCUAUUCAUCCAAGUCCCCCAUAGCUUCCUCACUUGCUGAGGCAAAUAGAGCUUUGUGGCAUCGGCUCAAUAAAGACCAGUCACUCUGGCUACUUUCGCAUUGAGGCUUACCUUACUCUUGCCUUAAGCAUGCUUGAAUAAAAGAACAUUCUAUUGAGCUAUGAAUUUAGACCCAUGCACUUAUUCCUGAGUUUAUCUUCCAUGACUAUAAGAGGCGUGCCCUGCCUCUCCUGUCUAGCCGCGGGGACACGUCAACACACAGGCGAAUAAAUAAAGGAAAAGGGACCAAGAUAUAAGAAACGUGCAGCUCUCUCGUCAUUACAUUAUUUAUUAGUCUCUACGAUGAAGUUCUUCUUGAUCAUCGCCGUGAUGUUGGCGGCUGCAGCAGUUGAGGCUCUUCCAACGAACCUCAAACGCUCCGCUGAGCCCGUUGCUGAGCCUCAUCACAAGUCAAAUACCUAUCGUCCAGCUGGCACCAGUUGGUGCGUUCGCCCAGGUCAGGGUUGCGAGCCGCUUAAGGUCAAACGCUCCGAGGACCUUCUCGAGGACUCCGUUGCGGCCUAAAUCGAUCUAUGUCGUGUUCUUACUUGGUAGUAUCCUGUUUCGAAAUAUCACAGUAGACAGAACACGGCUUCUCUCUGCCUCUCUAGCAGAUACAGCGAAAGAAAUUGACGGGGAUAUGCAUUAAUAUAUGCUUCUUUUAAACAGUCGUUACGGGCCCAUCUUUCUUCGUUUUCGCGCUUCCUGGUUCCAAUAUGGCGAAGCGGUGGAAUUGAAACGCUAAUGGAUAUUUGGCGACGACUCUUUCUUCUUUUAGCCUCAGACCACUCUUUGGUUUGCCUGACUUUUCGGUUAUUUGGCCGUCAUCGUGACAAUUGCAGACAAUCUAUUACUUCUGACAAAUCUCUUUGCGACACGGUCAUGUACUUCCGAGACGGUUUAUAUGUCUCCAGGAUAUCCGAUAAUCAUAUUUUCUACUUUUCUUGCUAAAAUCUACGAGAC